AUGGACAAUGCAUGUUUCGCAUGGUCAGUGACGGCUGCUCUACAUCCAGCCCAAAAAAAUGCAGAUCUGGAAUCGUCGUAUCCACAUUACACGUCGGUGCUAGAUCUUACGGACAUUGAGUUUCCAAUGACGUUGGAUCAAAUUAAAAAAUUUGAAAAUCAUAACAGCAUCUCCAUCAACCUGUACAGCAUCGAGAAAAAAAACAAGAAACUUGCUAUCUUGCCAAUACGGGUUACUGACCAAAAGAUGGACAGACACGUAAAUCUGCUGUACGUGCAUAACGACAACGUGGGACAUUUUGCGUGGAUCAAGAACCUAUCCCGCCUCGUGAGCUCGCAAAUCAACCGACACCAUGGUCAGAAAUACUUUUGCGAUCGAUGUUUGCACUACUUCAGCUCCAACGAGAAAUUGGCUGCCCACACCGUCGACUGUCAGGAGAUGAAUGACUGCGCGAUCAAGUUACCGAGCGAUAACGACAAGUGGUUGGCCUUUAAAAAUCACAACAGGAAGGAACAAGUUCCGUUUGUCGUAUACGCCGACCUGGAGUGUACCCUGGAGAAGAUGGAAGCGGAUCCGGAAACGUCCAGGUACACAUAUCAACAUCAUUGCGUGUUUAGCAUAGGGUACUACGUGCGUUGCUCGUACGACGAGUCGUUAUCUAU